AUGAUGUGGGACAUCAUGAAGGAUCGCAAGCAUCAACGUGCUUCACGACAGCCCAACGUGAGCAAUUGUCGAUGUCAGGAAGAAGAGCUGCAAGAGCUACGACGACAAGACGCGGAAGAUCAGGCCAAUCUUCAGAGGAAGCGUGCAGAAGAGGCCUUGGCCCUUGGAGCCUUGCAGGCGAAGACGGCCGCGGAGCUGCGCGCCUUGGAGGUCUGCAGCUCUCAUCUCCAUCGCCUGGGCCGAGAGAUGACGCAGGAAGCCGCGUCUUUGCAACUCGAACGUCAACGCGAGUUGUCAUUGAUUUCUGCGCUGCGUUCAGAGCUCCAGAAAUCGGGCAAGGCGGCUUCAGGGCCAAGGCGUUCGACUUCUGCGCCGCAGCUUCGUUGGCACGUCGAUCCCGAAAGACCGGCUUUGGCCAGUUGGAGCGGCACCUUGUCCAAGAAGGCACCCAAGAAGGUUUCCGUCCGCAUUCAGAGGCUUGAUGUUCCAGCCCUAAGACACCUGUGA